AUGGAUGCUGCCGCUCUCAGAAGCCGCAUCCAGGCUACCCUCGAUGCCAACGCUGAGAUCCGGAAGCAGGCAGAGGGUGAACUCAAGGCGGCAGAGGACUCCUCGGGCUUCCUGAACGGCUUGCUGAGCGUCCUCGAGCAAGAGCAAGAUGCGAGUGUGCGGCUAUCGACCGCCGUGUACUUCAAGAACCGCGUCAACAAGGGCUGGUCCAAGGUCGAGGACAGCCAGACCACGAGCCCCAUCAUCUCCGAGGAAGAGAAGACCGUCGUUCGACGUCGUCUCGUCCCAAUCAUCGCGAGCGCAGCGCCCAACAUCCGACCGCAACUCAUCGUCGCCCUCCAGAAGAUCCUCCACUGCGACUUCCCCAAACAAUGGCCCGACUUCGUCUCCAUCACCCAUCAACUCCUCCACUCGCAGGAGAUCCCCUCCAUCUUCGCCGGACUGCAGUGUCUGCUCGCGAUAUGCAGGACGUACAGAUUCAAGCUCGGAGACAGCAGGCAGGACUUUGACAAGAUUGUGGAAAUGACCUUCCCGCAGUUGCUGAACAUUGGCAACCAGUUGGUGGAUGAGACGAGCUUGGAAGCAGGAGAGAUGCUGAGGACGGUGUUGAAGGCGUAUAAGCACGCCAUAUACUUCGAGCUGCCCAUGCAGUUGAGAUCGCAUCAAUCGAUGGUGGACUGGUGCACACUGUUCUUGAAGAUCGUUGCGAAGGCCCCUCCGGAGAACUCGAUGAUGGAAGAUCACGAUGAGCGCGAGCUGAACCAUUGGUGGAAGUGCAAGAAGUGGUCAUACGUGAAUCUCAACAGGUUGUUCGUCCGAUACGGCAACCCGGCGAGCUUGCAAAAGGGGAACGGCGAGGACUACACAGCUGUCGCUAAGAGCUUCAUCGCGAACUUUGCCCCAGAGAUCUUGAAAGGCUAUCUGGCGCAGAUUGAGCUUUGGGUCCAGAAGUCAGUGUGGCUCAGCAAACCCUGCUUGUCAUACACAUUGGGCUUCAUGGAUGAGUGCGUCAAGCCAAAGGCUAUGUGGGAUCAUCUGAAACCACACAUGCCGGUGCUUAUUGAGCACCUCCUAUUCCCGGUGCUGUGCCAGACCGACGAGGACCUGGAACAGUUCGAGGAGGAGCCGGCUGAGUACCUCCACCGCAAGCUCAACUUCUACGAAGAGGUUUCAGCUCCGGACGUCGCAGCAACAAAUUUUCUCGUUACACUUACGAAGGCGAGGAGAAAGCAGACUUUCGAAGUGCUCACCUUCAUCAACAACAUCGUCAACAGGUACGAGGCGGCCGCCGACGACCAGAAGAACCCACGCGAGAAGGAAGGAGCUUUGCGAAUGAUAGGAACCCUUGCAAACGUCAUUCUGGGCAAGAAGAGUCCGAUCGCAGACCAGGUGGAGUACUUUUUCGUCAGGCAUGUGUUCCCGGAGUUCCGCAGCCCUCAUGGCUUCUUGCGAGCCCGCGCUUGCGAUACGCUCGAGAAGUUCGAAUCGCUCGACUUCAAGGACCCAAGCAACCUCACCAUCAUCUACCGGAACAUCCUCGAGUCAAUGGCCGACCCUGCUCUCCCUGUGAGAGUCGAAGCCGCCCUUGCACUUCAGCCACUUAUCCGACAUGACCCUAUCCGCCAGAUGAUGCAACAGAACAUCCCUCAGAUCAUGCAGCAGCUACUCAAGCUCGCCAACGAAGUCGAUGUAGAUGCUCUGGCAAACGUCAUGGAGGAUUUCGUCGAAGUCUUCGCCGCGGAACUGACUCCGUUCGCCGUUGCACUGAGCGAACAGCUGCGUGACACCUAUGUGCGCAUCGUGCGCGAGCUGAUCGAACGCCACAGCUCGAAAGAGGGCGAUGAUGGCUAUGGUGACUUCCUGGACGAUAAGAGUAUUACCGCUCUCGGAGUGCUGCAGACUAUUGGCACCCUCAUCCUCACACUCGAAAGCACCCCAGACGUCUUGGCACAUCUCGAGACAAUCCUCAUGCCGGUCAUCACCAUCACACUUGAGCACAAGCUGUACGACUUGUACAACGAAGUGUUUGAGAUCAUCGACAGCUGUACAUUCGCCGCCAAGAUCAUCUCGCCGACCAUGUGGCAAGCCUUCGAGCUGAUUCACCGAACAUUCAAGUCUGGCGCCGAGCUCUACCUCGAAGAUAUGCUGCCAGCGCUCGAGAACUUCGUUAACUACGGCUGGAAGACUCUUCUGGAGAACCGAGCGUACCUUGAUGCGAUUGUGGAUAUGGUCCGCACUAUCUUCAAGGACGAAAAGGUUGGUGGUGUUGACCGCAUCUGCGGUUGCAAGCUCGCCGAGAUCUUGAUGUUGAACCUCAAAGAUGGCAUCGAUAACUACGUUCCCGAGUUCAUCUCGCUUGCGAUGACUGUUCUCACGAACGAUGAGCUCAAGGUCAAGUCGUACAGGAUACACCUGAUGGAGAUGGUUAUCAACUCGAUCUACUACAACCCUCGACUGGCGCUUGGGGUGCUGGAGGCAAACAACUGGACGAACAAGUUCUUCAGCUUGUGGUUCUCGAGUAUCGAUGGAUUCACGAGGGUGCACGACAAGAAGCUCAGCAUUGGUGCGAUCACAGCACUACUGACGUUGCGCACUGAAGAAGUACCACAGAGCGUGCAGCAAGGCUGGCCAAGAUUGCUGCAGGGCAUUGUUCGCUUGUUCCAGACUCUUCCUGCUGCGAUGAAGAACAGGGAAGAAGCACAGCGCGAGGAGGACUUUGGUCUAGGCGGUGACUACGAUGAUGACGAAGAGGAAGAAGACGAGUGGGAAGGUGAAGACUGGGAAGCCGAGGAGAACGAGGAGACGACCGACAUCAAGGACGAAAGCACAGCAUACCUCGACUUCCUCAGCCAACAAGCGAGCAAGUUCAACGCUGCAGUGGGUGAGGCCGAAGACGACGACGAGCUUGAGGAAGAGAGUUUACUGGAGACGCCACUCGACUCCAUGGAGCCCUACAACCUGUUCAAGGACACACUCGCCACCAUGUCCGCUCAGCAACCACAGUUCUACCAACAGUUGACCAACAUGCUCGGGCCGGAAGAGCAACAAGUCAUCAAGGCCGCCGUGGAGCAAGCCGACAAGAUCAAGCAGCAACAAGCCGCAGCUGCAAUACAAGGCGCCGCCGAUCCACAAGCGAACGGCAGUUGA